ACCACGUAUGCUCGAGACUGGUGCUUGUUAAUGACCCACUUUUGACUGAUUACACACAAUUUUUCCAAAAUCACUGGGUUCAAGCUCGAAACCAUCGUUUAUUUUUUCAGUUUACACCCAAAUUUUGACGAGCUGGACAGAAAUACUGUAUGGUUUCGAAAUGGAACACAGUAUGGAGUGCGAACUUCGAUAACAGAGGUUUUUGAGGGCGCUGAUUUCAUUUUCAAUCGGUCAUUUGAUCCCUAAAUCCAAAACGGUCUCACAGGGAAGGGAGGGGGUAGGUAUAAAAUUCAAAAUUUUCAACAAAAAAAAUGCAUUAGUAUCGAAAUGAGGUUUUUAAGCGUUCUAAUUUUAUUUUUGACAUAUAUUUGAUCCGAACACACGAAAUAAUAUGGCCUUCAGGAGAUCAAUGUAACAUUCAAAUAUUCCAAAAAGCAUCGCAUUUUUCAACAUUUUUAUCUCUUUUUAUUUCCCUAUUCUUUACAUGGUUAUUUUUGAUCCACAGGUCAAAUGGUCGAUUAAAUUGAAACCAACGCCCUCAAAAACCUAUAACUAAAUAGCAAUAUUUUAUUUUUCAAUCUGUUACAUUCAGAGGCCCUAUUUCAAGGCAAUGCCAUUUUUUUCGAAAACGAGCAAAAACAGGAAAAAAUUGGUGUAAGGAAGUGAAAAUACAUACUUAGUACAAAGCAUUCUCGGUGUAUUUGUUUAUACAAUGUUGCAAAAUAUUUUUUAUGUUCAGCUCAAUUUUUCAUGUGGACCACUAUUUGAUAUUUAUGUCAUAUCAGAAUGAAAUUUGUACCCAUGGCUGCAUUUCCACAAUACAUUGACAUCAUUCCAAAAUUUUACCAUCAAUGUAUCACUGCAUCACAACAGAUCAGCAUUUCAACACAGCACUUACACAGACAUCAACGAUGAAAAAUGCGGCGACACGAUAUCUCAAGUACAUUUUAAUUGUAACGAUUGCAAAUGUGAAUUAUUUUCUGAAGUUACGUUACAUGGUGUAAUGUAUCAUAAGUGUUCGUAAGAUAUACCUACUGAUUCAUCUCCAAUUAAACCAUCGAAUUAAUAAGUUGACAAAAAUAUUGCAUCGAGUUGCCCAACACAGCUCUCAAAAAAUAUAUUUAAAUACAAGUCCUCGAUUUACAAAAAAGUCAGUCGAAAAGAAAGAACAUUACUUAUUUGAUAAGUGCUCGAUUAAAAUUUAGUUUCGAUUUGUGAAAUCGUCCAACAUGAAAUUCGUGCUACUUUUAUUUACUUCGUUGAUCAUUUCCAAUGUCUUUGCUUUGGAUAAGGAAUGGUGGAAACACGCCAACAUUUACGAAAUAUAUAUGAAAUCGUUCAAGGACAGCGAUGGCGAUGGAAUCGGUGACAUUAAUGGUAUAAUUUCCAAACUGGACUACCUGGUUGAAAUUGGAGUGGAUACCGUGUACCUGACACCAUUUUACCCUUCUUCGAUGGCUGAUGGUGGUUACGAUAUAACAGAUUACAAAGGAAUUGAUUCAGUUUAUGGAACUAUGCAAGAUUUUGAACAGCUGAUAAAAGAAAUGAACAAAUAAAACAGCCCCAUAUACCGAUUUCUACGUUUGGGCUAAUCCAAAAGGAUAUGAUUCGAAUGGCAAACCUAUCUUACCAAAUAAUUGGUUCAGUUUUGUAUCAUUUGAAGAGAAAGGAAGUGCAUGGACUUGGAACGAGAAAAGAAAACAGUUCUACCUUCAUCAGCUGAUAAAAAAACAACCAGAUUUGAAUUUAAGGAAUAAAGAAGUCAAAGCAGAAAUAAAAGGCAUUAUGAAAUUUUGGCUAGAAAAAGGUGUAUCAGGAUUUCGAGUCGAUGCACCGAUGCUGUUCAUGGAAGACGAACAACUUCGAGAUAAUCCACCACCCAAGCUUGAUGCAAACAUAUUCACAGUAUUUGGAGAAUGCGAACGUACUUUAAACCAUCCAGAUACAUUCAGGUUCAUAAACGAAUUGAAUGUAUUUCUUCAGCAAUACGAUCGAAAGAGUAGAAAGAAAAUUCAAUUGGAGACAGUAAUGAAGUACUAUGGAACAAAACGAUUCCCAGUAUUUAACCUGCCUCUAAAUUAUCGUUUCGUCGGCCUGGCCGGAUAUCUGGACGCUUAUCAACUUCGCGAUUUUCUUCGAGCUUGGUUGGAUAAAGUUCCAAAAAAUAUGCACAUUAACUGGGCACUGGGUAACCACGAUUUUGGUAGAGUUGCGCAUUAUUUCAACACUGAAUACAACUCCAUUCUAUUGGCAUUGGUAACCAUGUUACCAGGAACACUCGUCAUAUAUUUUGGCGAAGAACUUACCAUGGGAGCGAACAAUCUAGUCAUAAAUGAUGAUAUUUAUUUGAGAAAUCCUCAUCGUUCACCGAUGCAUUGGGAUGAUACAAGAAAUGCAGGUUUCACUUCUGGUGAAAAAUCUUGGCUCCCGGUGCAUCCAAAUUACUGGCAUUACAACGUGCAAACUCAAAAAACCUACGAAAACAGCAGCUUGAACUAUUUCAAAGAUUUAACAUCUCUUCGAAAAACUGACACGGUGAAAUACGGUGAUUUGAAGUUCCACAUCGUAUCCAAAUGGGUGAUGGCUUAUUCCAGAACUUACAAAGGAACCAGUUACAUCGUAGUGAUGAAUUUGGGAACAGAAACUCAGCCCAUAGAUUUAUACGAUGCCACGAAUAACAUUUCAACAACUCUGACGGUAGUGGCUUGCAGUCCAAAUUCUGGAUACAAGAAAGGAUAUGAAAUGAAAACGACGCCGAAUUAUCCCACUGCAUCCCUUCUCAGACCACAUUCUGUUGUUGUACUAAGCUCCAUGUGAUUUCACUCACAGAAAUACUACAGAAUGAAACUAAUAUUAAUUUUAUACUCAUUUUUAAGUAAUAAACAGAUAAUAAUAAACAUAUUUUUCAAUUCAAAAGUACAGCCAGACAUCCCAACGAUAAAUAUAUUUUUUAAAGCCACUUUAGAAAUUCUUAUUCGCCAAAAAAGAAAUA